UGAUUUGCAAAUUCGUUCUUGAGUGGCAAACUUUGAAAUAGUCGUUAUUCGUUAAGCAGCAGCUUCAUAAAUUAACUGGAAGGCCUUUUCCACACAAAUUAUCAACUCUGACUUCGAAUUUGCUAAUUUUACAGAAAUCAAAAUCAAAUUAUAAAUCAAUUUGAGAUUUCUGAAAAUUUUCUGGGGUUUAAUUUGAUCUUGUCGAUUGAAAUCAGAGCGAAAGAGAGGAAGUUUGUUCAGAUUAAUAAUGGGGUUCCUUGUUACAUCCCUAAUAUUCUUGGUGAUCGGAGUUAUUGCUUCUCUUUGUACCAGAAUUUGCUUCAAUCGUGGCCCUUCUACCAAUCUGUUCCACCGAACAUUGGUUAUUACAGCAACAGUUUGCUGCUGGAUGAUGUGGGCUAUUGUAUAUCUUGCGCAGAUGAAGCCCCUCAUCAACCCUAUACUGAAUGAAGCAGAGUGAGUUGGGUUUGUGGGCGAAAUUUAGAAAGAGUGCUACUCUAGAUACCAUAUGUUACCAGUUUGCAGAUUUUCAGAGGAACUCAUUAAGAGCGGUGCUAGCAACAAUUUCUCAUGUGGAUUUGUAUGUAAUUCUAUUAUUGCAGAGAAUAAAAAUAUUCCUUCAUUUGUGGCUUUGAUUAUCCCCUUGUAUUUUUAAGCACCAAUCUACUUGCUUGAGUUGGUUUUGUGGAUGAAAUAAAAUCAAUUGGUGGAUCACAAA